AUGGCUGCGCAAGUGGCAUCGGCUCCGACCAGAACUAGUAAAAACAAGAAACUGUCGAGCAGCUUAGGACCAGAGCUCGGUUCGGGGAAAUCCGGAGGAGGUGGGACCGUGCAGCGGACUGGACUGAUGCUGGGAGCUGGAGAUGGGACUCUGAAUAAUGUAGAUCAUCACCGCCGUAACGAGAACAGCAUGGUCCAUUCAACUUCCACGAGUCACAGCGCUGCGGACGGACAUGACAAAGAUGGGAACAACCUCUCUUUAGCUCCGGCGUCGACUCACUCAUCCACUUCCUCGAUGGAAGUGGGCUUGAUCGCGAACCAUAAGCUGAAAUGUGUGGGGAGCGGAGAUCCACAGCCUCAAACGCAACAGCAGCCGCCGCCGCCGACGCACUUCAACCAGUUUGCGCCACAUCAACAGCGCCAGAUCCAAAGUAACAACACCGCAAACAAUAAUGGCCAAGGUCCCCGUGGGGACAGAGUCGUAGACCACCCUCACCACGGCGGGAAGGAGAACCUGUUGGGGGGGCACGGAGAGCCACAACAGCCGCUCAUGACUGGGAAAGGUGAAGGUGAGCUCUCCUGUAAGCCCGUGGACAGGGUGAUGGGGGGCAGGUAUGACCACGGAAACUUGGGACCAACAAGCAACAACUCCGAGUUCAAUAACAACUAUUACACUUCACGUUCUUAUUAUGAGCAACAUGGCGGCUCUGGGAUGGCUCAUAACAGCCUGGAGAACUCCCACGAAACGGGCUAUAACAGCCAAUACAACCAGUACCCUGGGUACCGCGCGGGUUAUGGUGGAGGCGCUUAUGGGAUGAUGGGCUCCACGGGAUGCCGACAGCCCGGGAACAUAAUGAUGGGCAACAGCUCACCUGCGGGCCACAGCAAGCCUCAACUAGGUCCGACUUCAGCAGGCUUUCAGAGGUACCCAGGACAGAGCCAACCCCAGCAGCAUCCUUCUGGGUCCACCCCGACCUUAAACCAGCUGCUCACAUCCCCCAGUCCCAUGAUGCGAGGCUAUGGCGCUACCUAUCAAGACUACAGUGGUCCUUCGUCGCAGCAGCAGGCCAACAUGGGUUUGGGGAAGGACAUGGGGCCACAAUACGGAGCGCCGUCAACUCAUGGUUGGGGAGGCCAGCAGAGAAAUCAACCACAUUCUAUGAGUCCUGGAAACGGAGGCCAGGGCAUCAGCAGGACGCAGGUCUCCUCCAUGGACUUUAUGGCGAUGAAGCGUUCCCAGCUGUACAGUAUGCCCAACCACCCUUACACUGCUACACCGCAGCCAGGGGGCGGGCCUUACCCUCCCAACCAGCCGUACACGUCACCGCCUCCUCAUCGUUACCCAAUGAGCAUGCAGGGACGCGGGCAGAUGGGCAUGGGCGGGAUGCAGUACCCCCAACAGCAGCAGGUGCCCCCAUAUGGUCAGCAAGGAAUGGGAGGCUAUGGCCAGCAGCAGCCGCAGCAACAAGCACCACCACCACCACCACCCGCACCCCCCCAGCCAACCGGUCAACCAGGAACACCCCCAUACUUCAGCCCUCCACAACAGACUCCUCCUGGACCUACCCAGGGCCCCUAUAUGCAGACAAGACCACAACAACAACAACAACAGGAGACCCAGCAGGAAAGCUUUAACUCCAGGGGUCCAGCCACAACCAAUUCUGCGAAGGCCAACAGCGAGGACGGUGUACCUCCAGACCGCCCAUCCAGCCUGCCACCCCCGUUCCAGUCACUACAUGUUCCCUGCUCUCCACGCUCCCCUGACAGCCUGCCAAGCUGCCGCACAAGCUCCCAUCCUCUGGGACAUGGGAGAGGAUGGGCAGUCAUGUGUAAAGAUCAGGAGGGGGCUCUGAGGCCUGUCCACCUUGGCCUCCUGUUCUGUUCCGAGUGCUGGGUCAUGGAUGAUUGGCAGGACACAGCUGGAGAAGCUGGCCUUCCCCUCUGUCCCCACCACAUCCCUGCUCAGCGCACAGAUACAGGCAGCGCACCUGUCCUCCCUGCUGCGUACACACAUCCACUCUUAACCUUUGGGUUUAUUUUGGUGCGUGAAGCAGGCUCGGAGCACCUCUUUCCAGGGGAGAUGGGAAGUCGGCAGUCUGUCAUCACCAUGGCUCCCUCUGGCUGCUGGGAGGCUGAAAUUACAUCUUCAUACUCCCGGUUUGGGGCCAGCGUUGCUAUGGCGACAUCAAGAGUGGACUCGGGUCAAGCUAGCAAGUCCGGGUUUGGCGCUCAGCUCUGCCAGCCUCAUCAGUAUGCAGCGCAGUGGGUGGCUCGCUCUUGA